CUCUUUCCCCUUCAUAUGGAACUUGUGUGAUGACACAUACAGAAAGUUUCUUCAAGUGUUGAUGAAAAACUGUCAGGUGGAGCAGUCUCGUCAUUGGAAUUGGAGUUAAUGUAAAAGCUGAAACCACCGUUUGCAUGGCUUCAUAUAUUUGCUAAUGAUUUUAUAACGUUUAUUUUAUUUUCAUAUGUGAAAUAAAAAGUAAAGAAAUUUAUAUUUUAUAUUUAUGAUCAGUGGUUAAACAAGUUUAAGUUGAGGAAAGUAACAAGUUAGAAUGGCGACUCAAGAAGAGUCUGUGGGAAUCGGUGAUUUCGUUCUCCUGGAUGAAAUUACAAUUGAAAAAGUGGUUAAUAAUCUCCGCACAAGAUGAUUUUUUUCAGAUUCAAUGGCGAAAAAUAUUAUACAUAUAUUGGAGAAGUUCUUGUUAGUGUUAAUCCUUAUAGAACCACUAAUAUUUAUGGACAAGAUCAAAUCAAUAAGUAUAAAAAUAGAGAACUUUUCGAAAAUCCACCACAUAUUUUUGCAAUUGCAAAUGCUGUUCAUAGAGAGAUGAAACAACAAGGAAAAGACACGUGUAUUGUGAUAAGUGGCAAAUCAGGAUCUGGAAAAACAGAAGCUAGCAAAAUUAUAAUGAAAUAUAUAGCAGCCAUAACUAAUCUAUCAGGUCAACAAGAAAUUGAAAGAGUAAAAAACAUUUUAAUUCAAUCAAAUUCAAUAUUAGAAGCUUUUGGAAAUGCAAAAACGAAUAGAAAUGAUAAUUCAUCAAGAUUUGGAAAAUAUAUGGAUAUUAAUUUUGACUUCAAAGGUGAUCCAUUUGGUGGUCAUGUAACAAAUUAUCUUCUUGAAAAAUCUCGCGUUGUUCAUCAACAAAAAGGCGAAAGAAAUUUUCAUUGUUUUUAUCAGUUAUUGUAUGGAUGUAAUGAAGGAGAGUUAAAUAAACUUGGACUGGUGCCUGAUGUAGGUAAAUAUUCGUAUGUAAGUCGUAACAAAGAUAAUAAAAUGAGUGCGACUGACAAAAAUGACUAUAAAGCAGUCAUUUCUGCAAUGAAGACUUUGGGGUUUUCUCAAAAUGAAAUACAGACUGUUUGGGAUAUCAUUGCUGGUAUAUUACAUCUUGGCAAUGUAACAUUUACUUUAGAAGAUGAUAGUCUAGUAAUUAAUAAUAAAACAGCCCUAAAUGAAACUGCAAAAUGUUUUUCAAUAAGUCCCAAUAAAUUUAGCACUGCAUUAUCUGAAAGAGUAAUUGCAGCAGGGGGUGAAGUAAUGCAGAAGAGACACACAUCAACAGAAGCUGAAUAUGGCAGAGAUGCUUUGGCAAAAGCUAUUUAUGAGCGAUUAUUUUCAUGGAUUGUUUCAAGAAUAAAUGGAUCAAUUAAUAUUGAUGAUAAUUCAUCAUAUAAAAGUUAUAAAGGAACGUUGAUUGGAGUUUUAGAUAUUUACGGUUUUGAAAUAUUUAAUACCAAUAGUUUUGAGCAAUUUUGUAUUAAUUAUUGCAAUGAAAAAUUACAACAGUUAUUUAUUGAACUUGUUCUAAAACAAGAACAAGAAGAAUACAAAAGAGAAGGUAUCACUUGGCAGUUUGUAGACUAUUUUAACAAUCAAAUUAUUUGUGAUUUAGUUGAACAACCAUAUACAGGAAUUAUAGCCAUUAUGGAUGAAGCUUGUUUGAAUGUUGGCAAAGUUACUGAUGAGAUGCUGUUAGAAGCAAUGGAUAAACGAUUAGCAAAUCACAAGCAUUUUACAACUCGUCAAUCUAAUCCAAUGGACAAAGAAUUGCAACAUAAAACGCAAUUUCGAAUAAAACAUUAUGCUGGAGAUGUAGUUUAUAAUGUUGAAGGUUUUUUAGAUAAAAAUAAAGAUACUUUAUUCCAAGACUUCAAACGUUUAAUGUAUAAUAGUCAGAAUAAAAUAGUGAGUUCUAUGUGGCCAGAAGGAUCCGAAAAUAUAACUAAAACGACAAAGAGGCCAUUAACUGCUAGCACACUGUUUAAAAAUUCAAUGAUUGCAUUGGUGAAAAAUUUAAUGAGCAAAGAACCUUUUUAUGUACGAUGUAUUAAACCCAAUGAAGUUAAAUUACCUAUGGUGUUCGAUGAAGAGGAAGUUGAACAUCAAGUGAGAUAUCUUGGAUUACUUGAAUAUAUUCGUGUUAAGCGUGCAGGAUUUGUGUAUAGACAACGUUACGAUAAAUUUUUGAAAAGAUAUAAAAUGAUUUCUCAGUACACUUGGCCAAACUUUCGUGGUGGUAAUGAUAGAGACGGUGUCCAGACAUUGAUGGAAGAGAAAGGAUUCGCUCACGAUAUAAAAUAUGGUCAGACAAAAAUAUUCAUUCGUUCACCUAGAACAUUAUUUGCUCUAGAGAAAGCUCGGAGUGAUUUGAUACCUGGAAUAGUUGUUUUAUUACAAAAACAAUGGCGAGGAUAUUUAUGUCGUAGAAGUUAUAAAAGGAUGCGAGCUAUUUUAGUAAUAAUGAGACAUUAUCGUCGUUAUAAACAACGUUCUUAUAUAUGUCAACUUCAACAAACAUUCAAAUCUGCUAAAACAAUGAAAAAAUAUGGCAAACUGUUACCAUGGCCGCGUGAUAAUUAUGCAAUAAGACCAGUAAUACCAGCUUUGAAAAUGAUGUAUUCUCGAUGGAGAGCUUGGAUGAUUCUUCGAGUUAUUCCUCCGGAAGAUAGACCGCAAUUGAUGUUAAAAAUGGCAGCUGGUGCUGUAUUACGAUCAAAACGCCAAUAUUGGGGUCAAGAAAGACGUUGGGAAGGCAAUUAUUUAUCUAAACCAGAAGAAAAUGUUCAUUAUAAUACUUAUAAUUCUGCGAUGCAUAAUUUAAAAAGUACUGAACAUUUCAAGACUAUUGAUUUUAGUGCAUUUAUUAAAAAAAUUAAUAAAUUCGGUAAACAAACGGAUCGAGUUUUAGUUGUAACUGAUCAUGCAAUUUAUAAAUUAGAAAGUUUGAAAUUUAAGUCUAUGAGAAAAGGUAUUCCAAUAGCUGAAAUUACAGGAGUCAGUGUUUCUCCAGGAAAAGAUCAGCUUGCAACGAUUCAUUCCAAUAAAGGCAAUGAUUUCAUUUUCUAUAUAGAUGCCAUGGAAAAUCGUGUCGGUGAACUUGUAGGAGUUUUGUGUUCUCGAUAUUACAAGAUGAGAGGAAGCGAUUUACAAGUAAAUGUAGAUUCAAGAUUUAAAUGUAUGAUAGGAAAUAAGAGCAAAGUUUUGCAGAUUGAAGUAAGACCAGAAGUAAUAUCACCAUUAUUUAAAAAAGAAGGAGAUCGAAUUGUUUACAUAUUACCUUCAACCAACAUGGAUAAUGGAGUUCAUCGAUAAUAAAAUAAAAUGAAUAUAAUUGAAUUAAAUAAUCAUGAUAAAAAAAUUGAAAUAAUAUCACACAAAUGAGUUAUUUGUACAAAUAAUUGUUGAGACUUGAUUCCGGAGUAUUCAAGAUGGUUUUUUGCAUCAUAUAAUUUUUAUACUUGUUUAGAAAUGUACUUAAAUAUGCGCUUAACUGCCCAGUUAACAAACUAAUUAAUGUUAAAAUGAAAGAAAAUAAUAAUUGAAAUGUUUAUUGUUGUAAA